UAUAAUUUUCUAUAACCAGUGUCCAGUGACACAUACCUCGUGUUAGCGGGAGGAAAAUACGCGAAGAACGUAUAGGUUAGCGUGUGUAUUUUAAAUAUUAAUAAGAAGUUUGACCCAUCGUUUUUCAAGAUUCCCUUCCAAUUCGUUCACGCUAAUGUAAAUUGAAAUUAUUGCAAUCAUGGCGGUACGUGUACAAUUCGAAAACAAUAACGAGGUCGGAGUCUUCUCCAAGUUAACAAAUUCUUAUUGCCUCGUAGCAAUCGGUGGUUCUGAGAAUUUUUACAGUGUAUUCGAAGCUGAGUUAGGCGAAACCAUUCCCGUUGUUCAUGUGUCAGUGGCGGGAUGCCGGAUUAUAGGACGAUUGUGCGUUGGAAACAAAAAUGGCCUUCUGGUGCCAAACACAACAACAGACACAGAACUGCAGCACAUUCGAAAUUCACUGCCAGAUAAUGUUAAAGUUCAAAGAGUUGAAGAAAGACUGUCAGCUCUUGGUAAUGUUAUAGCAUGCAAUGACUAUGUGGCUUUAGUACAUCCGGAUCUUGACAGGGAGACAGAAGAAAUUUUAGCUGAUACUUUGAAUGUAGAAGUAUUUAGGCAAACUGUGGCAAGUAAUGUUCUAGUAGGCUCCUAUUCAGUGUUAUCAAAUCAGGGUGGUUUGGUUCAUCCAAAAACAUCUAUACAGGACCAAGAUGAACUAUCAUCUUUAUUACAAGUGCCCCUUGUUGCGGGAACAGUAAAUAGAGGUAGCGAUGUUAUAGCUGCAGGAAUGGUUGUAAAUGAUUGGGUAUCCUUUUGUGGCAUGGAUACUACCUCCACAGAACUCUCAGUUAUUGAGAGUGUCUUUAAACUUAAUGAAGCUGCUCCAGCUGCUAUUACAUCAACCAUGCGUGCAUCGCUUAUAGAAAGUAUGUCUUAAAUAAAUUGAAACUCUCUAAGAGAGCAAGCACAGAUUGGUGGAUGUUAGAUUGUACUGUGUACAUGUACAUAAAUUCAAUAUUUAUGUUAUAGCGAUUUAUAAGUGGAUGCUGCAUUGUGAGCAACAUCAACUGCACCAAACACAUUUUCUGUAUAAUUCCAGCAAUAGAUUACUAUAGAACUGUAACAAGUUAUUUCGUACAGAAAUUUAUACAAAAUGCAUCAUUAAGUUCUGUCUGAUACCACCAAAGCAAUUUUUACUGUGUAACGUAAUUUUAAACUGUUCUGAAUGAAAAAGCAUUACAAACUGAAAGACAAAAUUUGAUAAUUACAUACAACAAAUGAUUACUUACCUCUUAUUACUCUUAAGAAUAAUUGCAUGAACUCUUACAUUAAGGUUGUCAAAAUAUUUUAAAUGUAUGAGUUUAUAAAUAUAACUGCAUAUAAAACGGAAAUAUUUUAUUGAAAUAUAUUUCAAUUGAUAAUCUCUUUGAAUAUAAACAUUUUUUGUGUCAAAAAAGUAAAUCAUUUUAAUUCUGACUCUAACUGUCUUAUAUAAUAAAUGAACUAUUGUAAACAACAUUGUGCGGACCAGCCUGCUAAUUAAAUUUAUUACAAAUAAAAAAGGGAGGGCAGCCUGGAUUCUAUGAAUUUUGAUUAACAAGACUAGAGUAAUGGUAAUUGUUCAGCAUGUAACAACUCGGAAGCAGCAGCAGAAUCUGCACACAUAACUAAUGUAAUACCUGCUUCGUAAGAUGCAGGAAUACGAAUGUGAGUUGUGCCAGUACUCGCAUUACUAAGUUGUCGUCUUUGAGUCAUUGCUUCUCGUACCAUAUUUACAACUUGCCCUAAUCAAGGAAACACAAAACAAUAGUUAUAUUUCACAGUAAUAGUUGUACAUAAAUAUGGAAAUUAAACAUACCGAGAACAUUGAGCUUUCGCCACUUUUGAUUCAUGGUAAUGAGUGGUGUUAGAUCUGUAUUAGCGUUCCAAUGGGCUAGAACAUCUGCUCUUCGUAUCAGCAAAAUACUAGGACUUACAAGUU